UUUGUGGGGGGAAGAGCAACGUCACAGGUCACAUGACUCGGCCUACUACCUGUACCUCUCAGUGGCUCUUAAAUAUGUAGCUUUUAUCAUCAUAUUAACACAAAGAUCAUUUAAUAUCUAUGGAAAUAUGGCUCUUAGGAAGGUGAAGGGUAAUUUGGAGAGGAUGUUUGAUAAGAAUUUGACUGAUCUGGUGAGAGGUAUUAGAAAUAACAAGGAGACUGAGUCAAAAUACAUAUCACAAUGUAUGGAAGAGAUAAAGACAGAGUUACGGCAAGACAACCUUGCUGUGAAGGCCAAUGCUGUUGCCAAGCUCACUUAUUUACAAAUGCUAGGAUAUGACAUCAGCUGGGCUGGCUUCAACAUCAUUGAGGUGAUGAGCUCUCCCAAAUUUACCUACAAAAGGAUCGGGUACUUAUCAGCAUCCCAGUGCUUCCACCAGGACACAGAGGUCCUCAUGCUGACAACAAAUAUGAUACGAAAAGAUCUGAAUAGUCAUAACAUGUAUGACUCUGGCACAGCACUCACUGGUCUAGCAUGCUUCAUUAGUGGAGAUUUAGCAAGGGACUUGGCUAAUGAUGUUAUGACACUGCUUACGUCAACAAAACCGUACUUAAGGAAAAAGGCAGUUCUUCUUUUGUACAAGGUAUUUUUAAAAUUUCCUGAGGCUCUUAGACCAGCAUUCCCGAGGCUGAAGGAAAAACUUGAAGACCCUGACCCUGGUGUUCAGUCAGCAGCUGUUAAUGUUAUCUGUGAGCUGGCCCGUAAGAAUCCCAAGAAUUACCUCAGCCUUGCUCCUGUGUUUUUUAAGCUUAUGACAUCUUCUACGAAUAAUUGGAUGCUUAUUAAGAUUAUUAAAUUGUUUGGUGCUUUGACCCCACUAGAGCCCAGAUUAGGCAAGAAGCUGAUAGAACCUCUUACAAAUCUGAUCCACAGUACAUCAGCCAUGUCUCUUCUCUAUGAAUGUAUCAACACAGUCAUUGCCGUGCUCAUUUCUAUUUCUUCAGGGAUGCCAAAUCACAACGCCUCCAUACAGCUGUGUGUGCAGAAACUUAGGAUCCUUAUAGAAGACUCGGAUCAGAACUUACAGGCUCAGACAGGCAAAGUAGUGAAGUACCUGGGUCUGUUGGCCAUGUCAAAGAUUCUCAAGACUCAUCCAAAGUCGGUUCAGGCACACAAGGAUCUGGUUCUUCAGUGUCUUGAUGAUAAAGAUGAAUCUAUUCGGCUCAGAGCUCUUGAUCUUCUUUAUGGCAUGGUGACUAAAAAGACGGUGAUGGAGAUUGUGCGGCGUCUAAUGACUCAUAUGGACCGAGCAGAGGGCACCAUGUACCGUGAUGAACUUCUUCAAAAGAUUAUACUCAUAUGUUCACAAAACAACUUCCAGUACAUUACCAACUUUGAGUGGUAUAUAAGCGUCUUGGUGGAGUUGUGCCGCAUGGAAGGAACACAGCACGGUGGAUUAAUUGCCAGUCAGCUGAUGGAUGUUGCCAUUCGGGUUGUUGCAGUUAGAGAAUUUACUGUUGGUCAGAUGGCACUGUUACUUGACAAUGCUCAUGUAAUUGUUGGCCCUGCAGCAGCAAGGUCUUCCAUAGCAGAGGUGCUGUAUGCUGCUGCCUGGAUCUGUGGAGAGUUUUCUCAACUGUUGGCUAACCCCAAAGCUACCCUGGAAUCCAUGGUGAGAGGGAAGGUGGUGUCUCUUCCAGGACAUAUCCAAGCAAUAUAUGUCCACAACAUGCUCAAGCUGUAUGCUCACAUUAUUGCAACAGCAGAGGAGGAAGAUGAUUCAGAAAUGAUAGAGGAGGUAACAACGCUGCUGUUGGAGCGGUUGCCUGUGUUUGUGUCAUCUGGUGACCUGGAGGUACAAGAACGUGCAUCUUGCAUUGUCCACGUCGUGACGUACGUUCAAAAAUGCCACAAAAAUGGAGAUAAAGUUGGAGUAGACCUGAUACACCUGAUGACGGGUGAACUAAAUCCAGUGGCUCCCAAAGCCCAGAAGAAAGUGCCUCUACCUGAUGGCCUUGACUUAGAUGUUUGGAUCAAUGAUCCACCUUCAGAAAGUGAAGAGGAGGAAGAUGAUGCUUUUAAGAAGGAGAUAUUUGUUAAGGCAGAAAGUUCAUCAAGGCACAAAAAGGAGAAGUAUGAACCCUCAGAAGAGGAACUUCAGAAGCUUCGAGAUGCCAGAAGAGCAGAACAAGCCAGCAAUCCUUACUAUGUCAAGUCUUCAGCUCAGACAUCUCCAAGACCUAAUCAUAAUAGUAUACAAAUAGAUGAAAUUCCUGUUGCAGCAAUUGACCUAAAUGUUUCCUUAAAAAUACCAGGUAUGACAUCAUUGGACAAGUACCAGUUGGUUGAUGGCUGGCAGGAUGGCAGUAAGAAGCGGCACAAGAAACAGAAGAAACGCAGUAAACGGAAGGGACCCUUAACAUCCAGUAGUGAUGAGGAAAUACGGCAGGCGCACGUAGUAAAUACUGAUGUUGGGGAGAUGCCAGAAGGGGCUCACUUCUCUGAUGAUAAUGAAGUAGACGAUCGACCGGAAGAUGAUCCUCACAGAGCUCUGGAUAUUGAUCUUGAUGAACCUUUAGCUCCCAAUGAGGUUCUUCCGACAAGAACACACUAUGAAGUACACUCCCAAAAAACACCAGAGGAAAGCAAUGAAGCAAACCUCCAACCAUCACAAACUCCAACUAAGAAGAAAUCAAAGAACAAGAAAGAUAAAAAGGAGAAAAAAGAAAAAACUAAAAAGGUUAAGAAAGAACAAAAGAAAGUGAAAAAGAAGUUCACUGGAAAUGAGGAGAAUCUUAUUCUAGAUUUAAUGGACUCGGUCAAGGUUGCAGCCAUUAGUGAUGAAACUCCAGUUGCAGCUAAUCACAUCAAUGGAAUCACAGAUGCUAAGAAUAAAGAGAAGCCUACAGAUGACUUAGAUUUCUGGCUCUCUAAGGAUGAUUCGUCAUCACAGGCACCUUCAGAACCCAUAGUAGAUGGAACAGAAAGAACAGCUUCACCCUCCUCCUAUCCUUCAGGCAGAGAUGAGAGUAAAUCAAAGAAAACUAAAACGAAAAAAGAAAAGAAAGCUAAAAAGGAAAAAGGCAAAGAUAAGUCAGAAAAAAAGAAGAGUAGAAAAAGAGAAAAAGUAGAAGAUUCAUCAAUUCGUAAUAGAGAGGAGUAUGAAGAGACAAAUGGAACUGUCACACAGGACUUGGAGGAUAAACCAGUAAUCCCCACGGUGCAACCAAACAACAGACUAUUAGCUGAGGAUUCUUUCCUAAGACUGGAUUACUCAACUGCAGCCAUGGAUGGAGUUAUGAGUGAAGUACUGGUAUGCAUAAAAUUUACCAAUCACUCUUCUAAAAGUAUUAGCAAGCUACAGCUAAUGCUGCCUGAUUCUAGUGCCCUUAAGAUGAUACGAAAUGACCCACAGUCAGAACUGGUGAAUCUUCCUUGGACUUUAGAUCCUGGAGAAUCAAAGGAGUCCCAGUUAUCUUUUACUGCUGAGGAUGACACCAUUCCAGACAAGCUCAGGGGAUCUCUUUCUUACAUUCAGGAUGGGACGAGUAGUAGUGAUCUAUCAUUGCGUCUUGAAUUUCCCGUAACAACUUUCCUCUCUGGCAAGACAGCAAGUCGAGCAACUUUUACAGACUUGCUAAGUUCUGGUCAGCUUUCUGCAAGGUCUUCCUUCACAAUACCAGAGUGCCCAUGGUCUUUCCCAGAGGUACUAGAGGAAGUGACCCGAGGAGGAAGUUUAGCAGUAGUGGAGAGUGUUGACCAAACAGCUUCCUUAUAUGGCCGCUCCCUCCAUGGUCACCAUGUUUGUCUCCUAGUCAAGUACCAGGCAUCAAGUCGACUGACAGUUGAUGGCAAGAGCACAGAAGGAAUACUUCUCUCCAAUGCCCUAGAUCACUUAAAGACUGUACUAAUGCAAAAACAGUAGUCUUAAUGUUCUUCCCAUUAGGAAGUUGGGAAGAUAGCAGUGAGCUCUUAAAUGAUCGCUUCUUGAGUUACCUUUAUAUUUUUGUUGAAUACUGUACAUAAAAUUCCACUAAAUUAUAGGUACUAUAGCACGAGAAAUUGAUUUGGUGCUUUUCAUUUGGGGAAAACUUUGUGUGGCGUUGAAGAAUGUUUUAUUGUCAUAAAAAAGGCUAUAUAAACAAAUAAAUAUAUCUAGGCUAGGAGUGAAGUCAGUUAACUUGUAUGUGGAUGCUUCAGGAAAUUAUAGACUGUUGAUAUUUUGCUAGGCUUUGUAACAAGAUCUUUCAUUGGGACAGAUUGAGAAUAGGUAAACUUCAUGUUGCUAGUGAUUUUACUCCUUCAGAACUGAUGUUCGCUUCCAUCUUCAUAUUUGCUCUAAAUUAAUACUUUAAUGAUUUAAUAAAGAUUUUAUUCUUGAGUAAUUAUUUUGAAAGUAUGUACCGUAUUUCACCUUUAUUCAACUGCUCAUUUGUGCAUUGGAAAAUUUUACUUAAUAUUCAACAUUUGUGUGCCAAAGUAAGUUAUUUAGUUGAGCUAAAUUCAUCUACUGUAUUAAUGCCAUCAGCUGCUAAUGCUUAUAAAAUGCAUCAUUAAUCUAAAAUCCAAUACAGUACUUUUAAAAUGCGUUUGAAUCCUUUUUUUUUUACUUAUUCUUUCACAUGUCUAGUUGUUCAGCUACCUUACCCCAAAUAUAAACUCAUUGGAAAAAAGUUUUCUUUAAAAACUAGGAAGAAUAAUAGCAUUAGUACCAUUAUUCUUUUAACAUGAGCUGCUACCUUCAUAUUGCUCUUCCCUGCAGUAAGUUAUGACUCGCUAAGACUUUAAGACAAAUAUUAAUUGUAUAUACAGUUUCAACAGUAUGCAAUCAGUUGUUAUUAUGCCCAUAUACUAUUUACUAUUGAAAAUCAUGUAAAUAUAUUGAAGGAUGGAAAUUUUUUAAAGAUAUAGAAGUUUGGAAGCAGAUGAUUAAAACAAAGAGAAAUUGUUAACUGUAUGUGGCUUGCAGAUGUUAUAAAAAACUACAUUUAACUUAGAGUGCUUACUUCAGUACUGUAGUUAGAAUCAUGCCAGUGUAUGCAAAUGUAUGUAAUAUCUCAAAUGUCUUUGCAGUUGUUAAUUGUAAAAUAACUACCCUGGCUCUUUAAGAAAAGCAAGCACUUUUGAAUGUAUGUCAUUGGUACAGCAGUAUGCUUGCCUAUCACUAGUGUGAACUGGGUUCGAAUACCCCUUAGGUCUAAUAUGAGAAGGGUGUUGUCCAUUGUGACCCCACUGGGUAUUGCAGGAUUUGUCUGGGUGCUCCUGCUGUAACACUGGACCCAUGAAAAUAAAGAUAAAGAGUAAGAUCUGGAUUCACAGGCUUUUGAUGCCUUUGUUCAGUACUCUCAAUUAAAUCAGCUGAAGAUUAUAUUGGCAGUAGAAGAUCCAAGUAUCACCAGUGCCUUGCGUGGGCCACAGGUGGCCUUGUCCUAACCUGGUGCUGUUUAAGACAGUCUCCCUAUGCUUAACCUUUGUCUUAGCUAUUUUAUUUAUUCUUGAACCUUAUUAUAUAAUAUGUCUUGUAUGUUCAUUAUAUAUGAAACAUCUUGGUAUUGCCCAGCAUGUACAACAGGCCUUCAAGAGGGUUCAUUAUCUGUCUCUCAGGUUAUUAUAUCCUUGACUGAAGAUAGGUGUGUUUCUGUAAUAUAACUGAUAAAUAGUUCGUUACAUGAGUAGGAAUUGUUCUUCAUACCAGUAACUCUAUUGUAAAAUAUAACACAGCUUAUAGUGAACUGAGGAUUGGAUGAUCAGGAUAUUAAUAAAUGUGGUCAGAUCACUUUGUUACUUCUCUUGAAGUUUGUUUUGUGCAGUAAUCCAAGUGAUAUCAUAGGUGACAGGGAGGACAUCUGAACAAAGCCCAGGUCAACCCAUUCCGGUACCUGCUUGCAUAAAGCUUCAAAACUUAAACGAGAGAUUGUAGAUAAUUACUAAUGUGAGCUUUGAUUGUAGAAUAUUAUACUCAAGAAACUGAAGCUGUGUUAUUGCUGUGUAUCUUCCCAACUCCCUUAGAUGUGGGUGUUGGUGCUAGGGAAGUAGAAUAUAGAUCUGGGUGGAAAAGUUGAUUCUGAGGUUAUUUAUUAUUUUUUGAUUGCCUGAGAGAAAAGUUGUCAUUGUAAUUUUAUGACCUAUUUUGCCUAUAUCAUACAUAGAAUUUAAUGUUUUAGAUACAGUGGUGAUCAAAAUUUGUAAUAAUCUUCACAUGCUGAUUUUGUAUGAACUAGUUAACCAUGAAAUGCUGUAGUCACCACUUUAAAGUGUAUAUCCUUUCAAAUAUGUUAUUAUGUUUACAGUACCCUGUAAUUAACUUAUGGUAUUUGAUUUAAAAAUAUUUUUAUAUGCUUUACCAUUCCUGUUGAUGACAAUCCAGUGUUAUGUCUGUCGUCUCCGUAUGUAUUGCAGAAACUUGUGUACAAUUAUAGAAUUUUGGGGUAAAUUAGAUUUUUUUUAGUAGAUUGCAAAUCCAGUGUUGAGUAUCUGUCGGCAGAAUUGAAGCUAAAGAAUAUGUAAAGACUUAAGUAGAGUGAAGAAAUAUGUCUAAGAUGAGACUAAAAAUGAAGGCAUAUGAGGGUUUGUCAGCUUGACUAACCUCUUGUACAGUACAGUAUAGAAAGAUGAUUUGAAGAACUUUAUGAAGGUACAUUUUAUCAUUCUUUCCCUUUAUUAGAAUCAAGAAAAAAAUGUGGAGGACUUCUUUAUGCAGUUUUGCUUCCUAAAUAACAAAAACUAUAUAUAUUUUUUAAUUUGGCAUAUACUGUACACGAUUUUUUGCUUCUUAAUGUUGUACUUCGGCAUUACAAUAAAUUUCUCCACUUGAUAGUUUUCAUAUAAUUGUUGGAGAUGGAAUUUCAUUCCAUUGUUUUUGUUUGGCAAUUUCGUGCUUAUAACUGUUUUCUUUUCUGUGCAUUUUGUCUUAGAUAUAAUGUUGUGUUAGCUUGUAUUGCAAUGCUUCUGGCUACCCAUAGGUGUGUGUCCUAUAUUUUAUUGCUAAUCAAGACACGAAAACAUUUAAUUCAGGAUUAUGAAUAUUGAAAUUAUAAACUGUGUGAAUAUAUAUAUAUAUAUAUAUAUAUAUAUAUAUAUGUAUAUAUAUAUAUAUAUUAUAAUUUUUUAUUUAUUUUUUAUUUUCUGAAAAUUUCUGGGAUAUCUCAACAAAUUGUUAUUUUUGGGUCAGGUAAUAAAUUUUCAGGGCUUUCUGAAAGAUUACACCAUGCUACAACCCAUCCCCAUGUGCCAGGUGCGUGGGUGACCUAGGUGUUUGGGUCACUUAGUUCAUAGUUUGCUGCCAGUGUACAAUAGUAGGUUGUUCCCUUACUAGCUGCUGUUUUUGUGUACAAUUUGUGUUGUACACUGCUAUACAUUACUGUACCAGAACAAAAUUAGCCAAGAAUAAUGUUAAAGCAGUGUUAAGAAUGUAAAAAGUGAUCAGUUACAUAUAUUAUACUGUACAUUCAGGAAGUGGGAAACAUUGGAGCACAUUACCUUUCAUCUUUAUACAAAACAUCUUCAGGUCAUAAGACCCACUAAUCCCCCAUCCCAACAAUGGGUGACCUGAUAUUGCAUCAGGUCAAGUCAGUAACAUAACCCCCGAAUCUCCCACCUAUCCUCCAUCACAAGUGUUAAGGUGUGAAGACAGUAACAUAUUACAGUCAGCUGAGUGAAGUGUCUGCCUACUCUCGGCUCAAGAUGACAGGAUCUGCUGGCGAGUACAGUAUAGUAGUACAGUCGUAUACAUUAUGUAUUUUGUUUACGGUAUGAACAGUAUUGUAUGUGUACAGUACAGUGGUGUUUAUGUAAAUAAAUGCAGCUCCUGUGAGAUGUGUCGUCUAGAUUUAUGGAAAAUGCCACGGUCUCUGCUGAAACACACCGCUCCAUUCACACCUGUAUCAUAUAGAUUUUUUUUUUUUUAGUUAAGCUUUUAGAUAAAUUAUUCAGGAUUAUUGGGGUAAAAAAAUGGUAUCUAACUUAUUUAGAACUGAUUUUAUUCACUCCGGUGUCAAUGUUUCUUUCCCCCUUUUUUUUUAAUAAAUGAAUGGAAGCCCCAUCAUUAUAUCAUGUUGAAAUAUUUUGUUUAAGGAUAUCUUAUUGGAAACAUCUCAGAGAGAAUUUAUUCAGGAUCAUUAUGGUAUCAAAUUCAUCUCUCUAACCCCAUUAGAAGUUUAGAAAGCUUGCUGUGAGGAAGGGAGAAGGGGAAGCAUCCAUUGGAGGGUAAAUGUGACUGCACCUCUCCACCCCACAAAGGGUCGGCUCUCAGUGCUUGUCAUCAACUCCUGCCUCAUUCAUUAUACAAUAUUCUUUACUUGUUAUUCAUUAAUUAAUAAAGAUACAUUACUGUACUGA